UGUCAACAACCCUCACACUGGUUGGAACAUGAAGACACAUCUGAUGGUAGAAGAGACUAGGCUGGGACAAGAUAUCAGUGCAAUUGUGUCAAAUGACGGGUCAUUGGUCCGCUUGGCUGUGUUUAACCGUGUACAGUCCUACUGGCAUCACAUCAACGAUCACGACGAUGUCGACUCCAACAUUGCGUCAAUAUCGUACACCAAGAAGUCAGCGAUCAGUUCGCUCCAUGUUGUCUGGUCCAUUAAUUCAAGGGUCUAUCACGACGCCCAGUGUUCCCGUUGGUUCGUGACUUUCAAUGGAGCAGAAUGCUCAGAUCCGGGAAAUAUAGAGAGUGUCAUAUACGAAGACGAUGUUAGUGGCAACUCACACUCAGAUUGGUAUCAGCCUAACAUGAUCGAAGGUAUCUGCCAUGGUUUGAGUGCCGGAAGUAUCAGCGUCAAUCUAGCUGUCGGGUAUUGUGGUGGUUACGGCGCUGGCGAUGCACACUCUGGCUGGCAAUCUGGCACUUUUGCUAUGGUGGAAGAGGUCUUUAUGGGAGCAUGAUUGGUGGAUAUACGAUACAGCACGGAUCGAACUUAACGCAAUUAAUGACAAACAGAAAUAUGAAAAUAAGACUCACUCUGCUACACGUACAUAAGAUGAUGGAAAUUUGUGAAUUUCAUUUGGAUUUUAGUGGUCAUUCUUGUUGAUGCAGUGAUUUUAUCAUGGUUAUCUUUGUCUAAGGCUCUGACAGUUUUAGUUUGGAUGUCUGGUAUUGACACUUGGAGGUUAAGCGGUGCAUAAGGCGUCGGAAUUUUUAUUUAUUUAUAAGUCUAACGGAACAAUUUCAGAAUCCUCUAAGGUUAUUUUUUUUCUGUAAAAGCACCUUUAUUUUAGAUGACGAUUACACCAUAUUAUUAAUUUAUGGAUCAUAUGUUGUUUCC